AUGCAAGGCUUCAACAUGGGGCGGUACUACCCGCCGGACUCGGACUCACGGACCCCACAAUUCAACACAUCAGCCGCGCAGCACCGCUCCAAGGGCGUGCCCAUCGUGCGCUUCGAGCUCCCCUUCGCCGUGUGGUGCCAGAAGUGCAAGCCCGAAGCCAUCAUCGGCCAAGGCGUGCGGUUCAACGCCGAGAAGCGGCGCGUGGGGAACUACCACAGCACGCCCAUCUGGGCGUUCCGCAUGAAGCACACGGCGUGCGGGGGGUGGUGGGAGAUUCGCACGGAUCCGAGGAAUGCGGCGUAUGUGGUUGUGGAGGGGGCGAGGAGGAGGGAGUAUGGGGCCGAGGGGGGGAAUGAGGAGGAGGAGGGGGAGUUGAGGUUUUUGACUGAGGAGGAGAGGGAGAGGAGGAGGGGGGAUGCGUUUGCGAGGUUUGAGGGGAAAAAAGAGGAUAAGGGGUUGGAAGAGAGGGGGAGGGAUCGGGUGCAGGAGUUGGUGGUCGCGCAGGAGGUGUGGAGGGAUCCGUAUACGAUGAAUCAGAAGUUGAGGAGGGUGUUUCGGGGGGAGAGGAAGGUGUUGGAGAGGGAGGCGGGGGUGAGGGAGGGGCUGCAAGAGAAGUAUGGUCUUGGGUUGGAGAUUGCGGAGGAGGUGGAGAGUGAUGCCGCGAGGGCUGGGUUGGUGGAUUUUGGGGAUAAGGGGGCUGCUGAUGCGGUGGUUCGGCGGGGUCUGUUUGAGACGAGAGAGCAGGAGAAGGGUAAGGGGGCCGUUCCUCAGAAGGGGAAGCUCAAGAGGGAGAUUGUGCUUGAGGAACGACGUAAAGAGAUAAGGAAGAGGCUGGUGGGCAAUACCAAGGCCGCCAUCGAUCCCUUCCUCUCCAAUCUUAAAACGAGCAUGAAGACCACCUUCCGGAUAACGAAGCUGAAGCGGACUGAGAAA